GUUGGAAGCAUGUUAUCAGAAACUGAAGACGAACUGAAGGGGAGACAGAGCCAGGAGGUAAAGUCAUUCCUGUUGGAUCUUUACCAGUUCAUGAGGGAGAGGGCCACUCCCAUUGAGAAGAUCCCACAUCUUGGAUUUAAACAGAUUGACCUCUGGCUUCUCUAUCAGACUGUACAAGACUUGGGAGGCUAUGAAGAGGUCACUGCCAAACAACUUUGGAAACUCGUGUACAAUAAACUUGGAGGAAACCCCCGGAGCACCAGUGCUGCUACCUGCACCAGAAGACAUUAUGAAAAGUUACUUUUACCUUAUGAGUGCCAUGUACAUGGCAAAGCAGAUAAGCCAUUAGUUCUUACAAAACUUCCUAAACGUCCAAAAAGAGGUCUUUAUAAUGAAAAUAUUGCCAACAUACCUUCUGAUAUGAAGAAAACCAGAACAGAGGAGAUUUCUCAUAAGGUGAGUCUAGAAUCAGCAGCAAACAGUCAGCAGCGGUAUGCAAACAACACAGACACUGAAAAUCACAUCCUUCGGCUCACUGAUUACCAAAGAUGGCAAGAUAAGAUAGCAACUUCUGUAAGGCCUAACUCCCUUAUAUCAAAUGCUUCAGCCAUGUGGGACACAUCCAGAUUAAAGCAGAGUACCUCAUCACAAUUUGCAGUAGUGUAUCCAAAGGACAUGCAGGACAGCAGGCCCCUGCAGGAGUUGGAGCUGCUGAGACAUCUGGCGAGAGAGUACUCCUCGUCUGCAAGGCAGGAUGAGCCAUUAAAUCUCAGCGUCAAAGAAAAAUGCUCCCCACCAACAGCAGUCCAAGAUUCUGUCAGUGACUCUGCCAAUGCACAGUGUACAAAAGCCCCUAAGUUUUUAAAUCAGGUUUCACCUCUUUAUGCCCCCAAGGGUUUGAUGAACUUAUCUAACAAAGUAAAAACGAACAUUUCCUUAGAAAAAAUUGAGCUAAUGAAAAAUACGAAGGAAGUGCAAACUGCAGGGGUUCAACAUCCGUUAAUGACAUUCACUGCAGAUUAUUUCAUGCCAAGUUGCUCUGUGAAAGAAACAGCUAGUAGCCCACCUGUCAACAAACAUGUAAACAAGUUAAUAGUGUCAUGUCAGAACAGCGUUAUGGAUGAAGAGCAAGUCCAGCUAACAACUUCUUGCUCUUGCUCAAGAACUCAGUCUUUAGAGGAUCAAAAUGACAACUCUUGCUGUAGUACUGCAGUCAAGACUGCAGAUGAUAAUCUACAGAGCCCUCUCAGCUCAUCAACUGAAAAACCAUCACAUCCUGUUGACCUAAGUAAAAAAUAUAAUAAUAUCAAAAUAAUUCAUUCUGGAGACCCAAACAUAAGUUAUUCUGCUUUAGAGGACUGGUACCAGUUCAAAAAAAAGUACUACAAUUUAAAUACUCCUAUAGGUCCCCUCAUGCCUAACGAAAGGGAACAGGAAUCUAAUGAGCAUGUCACACAAAACAAGGAACUUUGGCAUAGGAGGAAUGGACAUAUCCUAUCCACAGAUGAAGUCAAUGAUCUCAGAAAGUCAGCUGACAUCAGUAAAUGUGAACCAAACCUAUAUGCUGUAAACUCACAGGGCCCAAGAGGUCAUUCAGAUGAGACAAGCAAAACAAUUUAUCCAAUAAAGCCUACCCCAGAGUUUCCAUUCCGAAGCAAACCAUUGACUCAUUUCACCUGCAACAGUCAUCAAGGUGCUGUCAUUGGAAAAAGGGAUCUGGUGUCCUUUGGAUCAAAUGUGCAUCAGCAGCCCAAUAUCUCUCCCAGUUCUUUACAGGCAGAAGGGAUUCAAUUUACUGAGAAUUGUAGAAGUGAACAGAAUCAGCUACUAAAUGCAAGAAUUGCCACACAUAGCAUGAAGGAACUAUUUGCUUCAUCUACUUCCCAAAGUGUUUACCUUGCCCAGGAAAUCCCAAAAAAUACUUUCCAACAGAAGUACAGAACAGAGCUGGAAUCAGGCUGUUGUUCAGAAGAAUUCUGCCCCUUGGUGAUGCGGCAGCUGUCUCAUGUUCAGGAGACAAAUGAGUCAUCUAAAGAAAUGUUGUAUCCGACAAAUUUUUCUCUGAAGCACAUUCCCAGGGAAAGUCACUCCGCACAUAGGACAGCUGAACUGCCUAUAAGCAGACAACAGAUAAAUCAUAUACCUCCACAUAUCAACCACAAGUGCUCAAGUCAGCUUCAAAGCAUGCUGAAUCCAUCCUUUCUUCUCUCUCUGCCUCAGGAUGAGCUUGUGAAACUACAGAGACUCAUAGCUAGUCUGCCUGUAGACUCCUCCUAUAAUUUUUCACAGCAGACUGCAAAGUUAUAACUACCUCUAAAUAAUCCUGCAGAUGAGCCAGACAUUACACAUUUGUCCUAGAGAGGACAGCAUGGUCUUUUAUGGUUUUCCAAAAUGGGGAUUUCUCAUUCAUUUGACAUAUUUGUAUGAACUUGUUUAGCAAAAUACAUCAAAGAAAGUCACUGUUACAAAUGAGGAAGUGAAGUCACUCUACAUCCUGUUAGGAACAAGCAUCCCUAGUAUAUUAGCUCCAAGCCUUCAGUUAACAUCAGUCAUGGCUUCCAUAUACAAACAGCAAUUGUGCAGAAAAUGUGAAAAUACUGGGUAGCCAUUUAUUUUACACUGCUAAAUAUAGUUAAUGCAAUUAUGCAUGGGUAAAAUGGAUGGUGAAAGUUUGUUCUGUGACCUGAUCUCUCAGUAUAUUUUGUAUAUCAAAUGGCUAGAGUACAGAAGUAGAUUCAGUCAGCUAUUAACUUUUAGAGGUACAUAAUUGUGAUGAUAUUUUUAUAAUUUAGCAAUACAAUACAUUUUAUUUUGGGAACUACAUUAACUCUGAAGCUUCAGUCAUUCCAAACUUCUGGAACAGAGAUUAAUAAAUAGUUAUAUUAUCUGCUUGUUACGGUUUAAUCAUGUGAUGCAAACUUUGAAGGUUAGAGCUGUCCAAAAAACCUUAGACCAAAUAAAUAUUGACACUAAGAAUAUACUUUAAUGCAAGUACUUUUGUCCAAUGAUUUCACUUAUAAACACCAAUAAUGAGGCAAAUAGAACAAAUGAAAGAAAAGGGCAUGAUUACAUCAGAUGCAGAGAUGAAGUGAGGCAGGCUUCAGGAAAUAAAUUAGAUACUUUGUAAUGCAAAUAUGU